ACCUGGACGCGGGAGAGAGAAGAGAGAGGACACUAGACUAGGACCCUUGGACGAGGGAGAGAGAAGAGAGAGGACACUAGACUAGGACCCUUGGACGAGGGAGAGAGAAGAAAGAGGACACUAGACUAGGACCCUUGGACGAGGGAGAGAGAAGAGAGAGGACACUAGAUUAGGACCCUUGGACGAGGGAGAGAGAAGAGAGAGGACACUAGACUAGGACCCUUGGACGAGGGAGAGAGAAGAGAGAGAACACUAGACUAGGACCCUUGGACGAGGGAGAGAGAAGAGAGAGAACACUAGACUAGGACCCUUGGACGAGGGAGAGAGAAGAGAGAGGACACUAGACUAGGACCCUUGGACGGGGGAGAGAGAAGAGAGAGGACACUAGACUAGGACCCUUGGACGGGGGAGAGAGAAGAGAGAGGACACUAGACUAGGACCCUUGGACGGGGGAGAGAGAAGAGAGAGGACACUAGACUAGGACCCUUGGACGGGGGAGAGAGAAGAGAGAGGACACUAGACUAGGACCCUUGGACGGGGGAGAGAGAAGAGAGAGGACACUAGACUAGGACCCUUGGACGGGGGAGAGAGAAGAGAGAGGACACUAGACUAGGACCCUUGGACGGGGGAGAGAGAAGAGAGAGGACACUAGACUAGGACCCUUAGAUGGGGGAGAGAGAAGAGACAGGACACUAGACUAGGACCCUUCAGAGUGUACACCACAGGAGGUUGGUGACACCUUAAUUGGGGAGGAUAGGCUUGUGGUAAUGUCUGGAGCGGAGUCAGUGGAAUGGUAUCAAAUAUAUCAAACACAUGGUUUCCAUUCCAUUUGUGCCGUCCCGGCCAUUAUUGUGAGCCGUCCUCCCCUCAGCAGCCUCCUGUGGCGUGCACCUGGACAAGGGGACAUACAACUCUGGUCAGAAGUAGUGUACUACACAGGGAACAGGGUGCUGUUUGGAACACAACCUGGAACACAACCAGGAACACAACCAGGAACGCAACCAGGAACACAACCAGGAACACAACCAGGAACACAACCAGGAACACAACCUGGAACACAACCAGGAACACAACCUGGAACGCAACCUGGAACACAACCACGAACGCAACCUGGAACACAACCACGAACACAACCAGGAACACAACCAGGAACACAACCUGGAACACAACCAGGAACACAACCAGGAACACAACCUGGAACACAACCAGGAACACAACCUGGAACACAACCUGGAACACAACCAGGAACACAACCUGGAACACAACCCCGAACACAACCAGGAACACAACCAGGAACACAACCAGGAACACAACCAGGAACACAACCAGGAACGCAACCAGGAACACAACCAGGAACACAACCUGGAACACAACCAGGAACACAACCAGGAACACAACCUGGAACGCAACCAGGAACACAACCUGGGACACAACCAGGAACACAACCAGGAACACAACCAGGAACACAACCUGGAACACAACCAGGAACACAACCCCGAACACAACCAGGAACACAACCUGGAACACAACCAGGAACACAACCUGGAACACAACCUGGAACACAACCAGGAACACAACCUGGAACGCAACCUGGAACGCAACCUGGAACGCAACCAGGAACACAACCAGGAACACAACCUGGAACGCAACCAGGAACGCAACCAGGAACACAACCACAAACACAACCACGAACACAACCUGGAACACAACCUGGAACACAACCAGACUGUGCACUUGGCAGACAUGGGAUAGAGAAGCAUAAGCUGAAGUCGUCUCAAAAGGACAAGGUUCGUCAGUUCAUGACCUUUACUCAGUCUGGGGAGAGGACAGCUGUGUACUGCCUGACCCAGAAUGACUGGAAACUAGAGGUGGCCACAGACAACUACUUCCAGAACCCCGACCUCUACUAUAAAGAAUCCAUGAAAACCUCUGUGGACCGCAAGAAGCUAGAACAGCUCUACAACCGAUACAAAGACCCCCAGGAUGACAAUAAGAUCGGUAUCGAUGGGAUCCAGCAGUUCUGUGAUGACCUCACCCUGGACCCGGCCAGUAGGAGUGUUCUGGUGGUGGCCUGGAAGUUCCGUGCCGCCACACAGUGUGAGUUCAGCAGGAAGGAGUUCCUCGACGGCAUGGCCGAGCUGGGCUGUGACAGUCCAGAGAAGCUGAAGUCUCUGCUCCCCAGACUAGAACAGGAAGUCAAAGACACGGCCAAGUUUAAAGACUUCUAUCAGUUCACCUUCAACUUCGCCAAGAACCCUGGACAGAAGGGACUAGACCUGGAGAUGGCUGUAGCCUACUGGAACCUGGUUCUAACAGGUCGAUUCAAGUUCCUGGACCUCUGGAACAGGUUUCUAUUGGAGCAUCAUAAGCGGUCGAUCCCCAAAGACACGUGGAACCUGCUACUGGACUUUGGCAACAUGAUCGCAGACGACAUGUCCAACUACGACGAGGAAGGUGCUUGGCCUGUCCUCAUAGACGACUUUGUGGAAUUUGCCCGGCCAAUCGUGACAGGGGGCAAGCGUAAAACCAUAUAGGUCAUACCCAGUUCCCAGCAGGGGCUGAGGAUUUUAUACACACCAGCCAAAAAGAGACUUCUACAAGACUGUCCAAGUUUGUGAGACUGGGCUGCCAAUCAGGGGCCGGGGAGCGACAUGACAGCCAAUCGGAGAGAAGGAAAACAGGAAGAGGAAGUUAUCUUUUUCUUUGUUUUGGGACUGAGUCACUCCGGGAGGCGGGCUGUCAGCAGGGGGUGGGAUCGUCGCGGAGCUAUGAGCUCUGCUCCCAUUGGCUGGCUGGAUCAGACUGAUCGGCCAACGACUACAGUACCCAUACACCAGCCACCAUCAGAUCAGUGGGGGUGUCUAUAGAUUCUAGAACUGGUGCUCUGGUCCCACCCCCCCGCCCCCUCCUUACUAAAGAAGGACCAGGGAGAGCAAACAGAACGGCAGAGAGGGACGGUUUGCUCUCUGCAGGAGACAGACAUAAGGGUGUGAUAUUUGAUCCAGUGGAGGCUGUUGAGAGGAGGACGGUUCAUAAUAAUGGCUGGAACGGAGCGAAUGGAAUGGAGUCAACACCUGGAAACCAUGGAAACCACGCGUUUGAUGUAUUUGAUACCGUUCCACUGAUUCAGAUCCAGUCAUUACCACGAACCUGUCCUCCCCAAUUAGGGUGUCACCAACCUCCUGUGGUCUGCUCCCACAGUAGUAAGACGUGUCCUCUCUGCCGGCCCAUGGUGAAUGAACUAGGAGCUUGGAGGUUCUGCAUGUGUUUCUGGUUGAGCGUCAAGCGGCUGGACGGAACGACAACAACUUUUUUAUUAUUAGCAUUGACUUUCUUCUCAUCGAAUCAGAGGUGAGGGGUGUGGUCGUCAUCCAAUGUUCUCAUCCAAUCCAACGUCAGUGUAAUGUUCUGCUUCCAUUUCAAUCUAACGUGUAAAAGUUGGGUCAGUUUUGUUGUUAAUAUGUGAGGUUCAGAGUCUAUAUAAACAAAGCGUCUGAGAGUGGGAGUGCUGAUCUGGGAUCAGUUUAGCCUUUUAGAUCAUAAUGAAUACUAGAAAGGACCAGAUCCUAAGUGCUGAUCUGGGAUCAGGUUAGCCUUUUAGAUCAUAAUGAAUACUAGAAAGGACCAGAUCCUAGUGCUGAUCUGGGAUCAGUUUAGCCUUUUAGAUCAUAAUGAAUACCAGAGAGGACCAGAUCCUAGUGCUGAUCUGGGAUCAGUUUAGCCUUUUAGAUCAUAAUAAUACCAGAGAGGACCAGAUCCUAGUGUUGAUCUGGGAUCAGUUUAGCCUUUUAGCUCAUAAUGAAUACUAGAGAGGACCAGAUCCUAGUGCUGAUCUGGGAUCAGUUUAGCCUUUUAGAUCAUAAUGAAUACUAGAGAGAGGACCAGAUCCUAGUGCUGAUCUGGGAUCAGGUUAGCCUUUUAGAUCAUAAUGAGUGAGAUCACAUGAACAGAGAGGACCUGAUCCUAGAUCAGCACAACAACUCUGAGACGCUUUAGGAAUACAGGCCCAGUUCAGAUCCACUGGUAUUCAGAUAGAACCGGACCGACCGACAGAGCAGCAUGCUUCAAAGCUCAACACCAGCAGAAAUACUAUGGCUACAGUUGGAACAGACUGUAACCAUAGGAUUCAUGUAUAGAUAUACCAUUUUAGAAUAAUGAAUAUGAUACAAUAUAAAGAGAACACGAUGACGUUUAUAAUCAUGAGAGAGGGGAAGACGUAUUUGAAAUGCGUACGAGGUCCUCAGAUUUCUAGGCCGCGUCCCAAACUGUACCCUAUUCCCUAUAUAGUACUGGUCAAAAGUAGUGCACUAUAUAGGGAACAGGUUUGCCCAUUUGGGAUGCGCCAUGUCUCCAAGCUUUCUGUUUGUUUGGGUGUAACUGUUGACAUCACCAGAGAACUUGACUGUUGGUCUGUCAUUUAUUUUAUUUUCACAAGCAACGCACAGGAAGUUGAAUCUAUGAAUCGUAUUCAGUCAACAACACUGUAUAUAGUUCAUAGUUGAAUCUGUGAAUCGUAUUCAGUCUACAACACUGUAUAUAGUUCAUAGUUGAAUCUGUGAAUCGUAUUCAGUCUACAACAAGGUAUAUAGUUGAAUCUAUGAAUCAUAUUCAGUCUACAACACUGUAUAUAGUUCAUAGUUGAAUCUAUGAAUCAUAUUCAGUCAACAACACUGUAUAUAGUUCAUAGUUGAAUCUAUGAAUCAUAUUCAGUCUACAACACUGUAUAUAGUUGAAUCUAUGAAUCGUAUUCAGUCUACAGCAGCAGUUUAAAUCUAAUGUUAUUGGUCACAUACAGGUGUUUAGCAGAUGUUAUUGCAGGUGCAGUGAAAUGCUUGUCAACACACCCCACUUCUUUGUUUUUAAACUGUUUCAGUUGUUAGUGUUGUUUUGGUUGGUCGUCAUGGGUUACUGCUAGCCAGCCCAGUGAAGUGAAUGUUAUAGUACUUCAUCAGACCAGACUGAGACUCGUCUACUAGCUACUACACACACACACACACACACACACACACACACACACACACACACACACACACACACACACACACACACACACACACACACUCUGUGUGGUUAUAGUACAUCAUCAGACCAGACUGAGACACACACACACACACACACACUCUGUGUGGUUAUAGUACAUCACCAGACUGAGACACGUCUACUAGCUACUACACACAUACACAUACACACACACACACUCUGUGUGGUUAUAGUACAUCAUCAGACCAGACUGAGACUCGUCUACUAGCUACUACACACACAUACACAUACACACACACACACACACACACACUCUGUGUGGUUAUAGUACAUCAUCAGACCAGACUGAGACACGUCUACUAGCUACUACACACACACACCUCAGUAACAGACAUGUAUCCUCUAACGCAGCAGGUAAUAGAAGUUCUCCUUCAUUCUCUGAAAAUGUUCCUGAGAUUUUGGGCUGCACCUCGUCUGUCUCCCAAACGGCACCUUAACGUUGUGCACUAUGGAGGGAAUAGGGUGCUGUCUGGGAGGUGUGUCUAAGUUACACUUGUUAUGUCACAUGUUCUUAGACAAUUGCACUCCCAUCUGGGGGAGGUAAUACCCUCUGUUCAGUGUUGACGUGUACCGACAGGAGAAGACUGAGACUGUGGAAGAGAAGACUGAGACUAUGGAAGAGAAGACUGAGACUAUGGAAGAGAAGACUGAGACUAUGGAAGAGAAGACUGAGACUAUGGAAGAGAAGACUGAGACUAUGGAAGAGAAGACUGAGACUAUGGAAGAGAAGACUGAGACUAUGGAAGAGAAGACUGAGACUAUGGAAGAGAAGACUGAGACUAUGGAAGAGAAGACUGAGACUAUGAAAGAGAAGACUGAGACUAUGGAAGAGAAGACUGAGACUAUGGAAGAGAAGAGAGAGACGUCCAUGUUUCUCCUCUGAACUUCCUACACAACGUGGUACACUACGCUACGCACUGAGUGUCCAAUGUGUUGACUCUCUGUGCCUCAGUCAUAUUCAGCUCAUCACGUCAGUAUUAUUUAAAUUAAACAUUUGUCAUCUUUCUGUAUGGAGACAUUAUACAUGACUUUGUUUUGGCAAAGGUCCCGUCAAUAAAGCAUGUUGUUUUUAACGAAAAUGAAA